UUCCCCAUUUCCUCUCCUUCUUCUUCUUCUAUCUCUCAUUUCUCUCUCUCUCUCUCUCUCUCUCUCCCUCAACCAUGGUUCCGGUCGUCCUCACCCAACUCGCCACCGGCCUCAGCGUCCUCGCCGGCGCCGUCCUCGUCAAAUCCGUGAUGGACAAACCCAUGGCCGGCUCUUUCCCCCGCUGCCCCUCCUGCAACGGCACCGGUCGAGUCCCCUGCCUCUGCUCCCGCUGGUCCGACCGCGACAUCGGCUGCCGUACCUGCUCAGGCUCUGGCCGCAUGUUCUGCAGCAGCUGCGGUGGCUCUGGCACCGGCCGCCCCAUCCCCGCCCAAAUCUCCGUCCGCCGUACCAAUUAUCCCCCCUCCUCCUCCUGAUUCCCAAUUCCCCCCCUCCCCCCUCCGUCACUACUGUAAUAUUCUCUCUUCCCACCAUUAAUUAUUAGUUCACACAAACAAUAGCGUCUGUAAUUUCUCUCUCUCUCCCUCUCUCUCCGCAAGAUUAUCACCGGCGAUUACAGAGAGAGAGAGAGACGGAGAGAGAACUCUGAAAAUUGGAGUUGUUGAGAUUCACAACGAGCGAGCCAUUCGCGACUCAAUUCAGAUUCGUAUAGAAAUCCUUACUUUUCUUUAUACUAA